GCCCGGACACACGAGACCCCGAGCCGCGGGCGGGAGGAGGCGGGCGGGGGCCAGGGCCGGGGGGCCCGUGACCGCGCCGCCGCCGCCGCUGCCGCCGCGUCUCCCAUGUCCAAGGAGGGAAGAAGCAUGUCCCGACUCUCUCUCACACGGUCCCCAGUUUCUCCCCUGGCAGCUCAGGGAAUCCCGCUCCCAGCUCAGCUCACCAAGUCUAACGCUCCUGUACAUAUCGACGUAGGGGGACACAUGUACACCAGCAGUCUGGCCACUCUCACCAAGUAUCCGGAUUCCAGGAUAAGUCGUCUAUUCAAUGGCACAGAGCCCAUCGUACUAGACAGUCUGAAGCAACAUUAUUUCAUUGAUCGAGAUGGGGAGAUAUUCAGAUAUGUCCUUAGCUUCCUGCGGACAUCAAAACUUCUGCUGCCAGAUGACUUCAAGGACUUCAGCCUCCUGUAUGAAGAGGCACGUUACUACCAGCUGCAGCCAAUGGUGAGGGAGCUGGACCGCUGGAAGCAGGAGCAGGAGCAGCGGCGCCGUGGCCAGGCGUGCGAAUGCCUCGUGGUUCGUGUGACACCUGACCUGGGCGAGCGCAUCGCCCUCAGUGGGGAGAAGGCACUUAUCGAGGAAGUCUUCCCAGAGACCGGUGAUGUCAUGUGCAACUCCGUCAAUGCCGGGUGGAACCAGGACCCCACACACGUCAUCCGCUUCCCGCUGAAUGGCUAUUGCCGGCUCAACUCCGUACAGGUCCUCGAGAGACUGUUUCAGAAGGGCUUUAGCGUGGCGGCCAGCUGCGGGGGAGGGGUGGAUUCCUCCCAGUUCAGUGAAUAUAUGCUGUGUCGGCAGGACAGAAGGCUGCAGCAGGCUCCCACCACGAUCCGGAUAAAGCAGGAGCCCCUGGACUAGGCCCCGCCGUCGCCAUCCCCGUGGAAGGCACCCAGGGGGUCGGAAAACAGUGUUAGCAACUUGGGUGUGGAGCUCGUUGGCCAGUCGGGGGUAUUCCUACGCGGCGGUCGCCCGGUCACUCCUCAUUGUAAAGCCCCGGAGCACGCCCGGCAGACGGACGGGAGGCUUUGUGGGAAUGCCACGGAAGGCAGUUUCUUCUCGGCCGUGGCGGCACUGGACCUCGCCGGCGCUAACCCAGGGCUCGAGGGGUGCUCGCCUGGGCUUUGGGGACAGGACGGUGUGGAAGGAGCCGGGCCGGCGGCCUUCCCAAAAUCCCACCCCCCUCCCGAAGGCCCCGGAAUGGGGGGGCCGAGGCCAGGGCGAUGCCGCCGUGCCGGACGGCGCCUCUCCGAGGCCUCGCGUCUUGCCGGACAUGCUCCACAUUUCCAUGCGUGUGUCUGACGUCUGUGAUUGUUCAUGCUAGUAAAUGGCUUAUUUUUCUACGAUAUUUAAAAUGAAAGUGGCUAUCUCUGCCGAGGUUGGAGAAACAGACAAGGACCGAUGCAUAUUUAUCUGGUGCUCAAUACUUUAAAAAAAAAGAAAAAAAAAAGGAAAUUGUCAGUGCGACUAAUCGUGGCCUAUUUUCGAAAGUAAGAUCCAUCUUGGGAACAGCCCCAGCCCCAGGACGGGACCCCCCAAAUCAAGGCCAAAGUAUGGAAGCUUUCAUCUUAGCAAAGCAGACCAAGGAAAAUGCCAGUCCUGUCUCGCCCACUACUCUUUUGUUCUCUGUGUAGGCAUCUUGGGGUCCUGGUGCCCCUGCAGGUGGCAGAGCAGAGGGGUGGGGGUGGGGAGCCGGCACAUGCUCCAUCUUGAGCUUUAGGAGAAAAAGCCACCCUUUGUGCUCUCGUGCUGCAGGACAGGACACAUCUUUGUUUCUUUUUCUCUGUUAAUUUAAAAGUAUUUUUGAAAUACUGACGGCGUACUUGCCCUUCUGCUGUGUGUCUGUCUCUUUAGGGAAGGUCUCUCCCCAGCCCUUUCAUCUGGCCCCUACAAGGUUCCUUUAAUGAAAACAGUUAUCAUCUCUUCUGACUUAAGCAGCAGCUUCCGUAACUCAGGAGACAGCACUGUGUUUGCAGGUGCCAGCCUAUAAAUAGCGUUCUGUGAAAUCCUGCUCAUUGCUGGGUGGCGUGAUUGGGGGCCUCAGUCACUAAUUCGUGCGCUAAUCACAAUUUAGUUUCUCCCACAUUAAUUUAUAGAAUCCUGUUGUAGACACUGAAUUUUAAUUAAACUGUUCUUAGACAAACUUGGUCAUUAAGAAGAGGGACUGAGCUCUUCUGGUGAUCCGGGGGCCCCUCGGUCCAGAUGAUGAAUUCGACAGAAACGUAGACCCGGAACGGAAAUAAAUGAGCCCAAUGGGGCCUGUUCCCUCCUUUGUGCAAACAGGUACUGAGCCAGGCUCGUCUGGCGUUUGGGGGGGGGGGGGAAGGGGAGGGCUCUAAAGCUAAGCUACUCCUUUGAUUUGAUACCGUGUGACACUUUAGACACUCACUGAUGGAAAAAGCUGACCCCAUCUUGCCGUAUCUGAACAGAUGGCACACCACUCAUCUUCCUCUGUAAGAUACCUGUAGAGUUGUAUAUUACGCAUUUAAUAUUGUAAAGAUCCUAAUGUAUAAUUGUUAUGUAUUCCUUACACAGUACUUCAUGCCAUAAACAUUUCUCUAAGGGACUGAAAUGCAGUCCUGAGGAUUGACCCUUGUCUCCCAUGUUCUGUCCCAGAGAGAAGUUGGGGUUGAAUUUCCUGGGGUCGGUUUGGUUUAACCAGAGAACAAGUUGGCUUCGUCCGUCGGCCGGGGUGGGGUGGUGGGAAUCGUGUUCUUGGUGGUACUUCCUAGGCCUGGGUGGGUAGGUACGCUUCAGUCCAGUUCCUCCAUUCCUGUCGCACCCCUCUUUAUCUUGUGGUAACAGAGGUGCUAAAUUCUAGUCUUGGUCCUAAAAGGAAACUCCGGGGAAACUGUAAGCGUUAAAUACAUCUCAUCAAGUACCUCAUUUGGGAAAGGCAAAUGGAAACGAUAGGCAGAAAACUUUUUCAGGGUGUUUUUUGUUUUGUUUUGUUUUUUAAACUAAGUUAAAAAUGUUUGGGUUUUGUUUUUCCUCUACUUCUUUCUAUUGGUGUUGACAGUAUUUUUGUGGCCCUACAGAGCAGUUGCUUAGAGCUCUGUGUGAAGGCCACAUCAUAAAGCCUCAUGGGCCCAGCCAGACGAGUGAGUUGGUACUCACGUACCGUGUGUACGGUUUGGCCCAUAUCACCCCAACAUUUAGCUGCAAGCAGCCCUAACACAGAGGAAGAUGUAGGGAAGCAAUUACUCCGUUAGGAGAAGUACAUUUUUUUCCAAGGAAAAAUGUUUAAGCUAAGAUAUGGUCAUUUAGCUAGCAGUUCAGGUCAUUGAUUUUGAAUGUUUUUGUAUUUUUUUAUUUUUAAAAGGGUUUUUUUUUAUUAUUAUUUUAAAUCUUC